AUGGCAAGCGCGGCGCCCACGUGGAAGCAUCCUCCAUCCAUGUCCCUUGCAGCCUGUGCGAAUCCCGGGCUCCAGGGCACCUGUUCAGUGCUUGAGAAGCGUGGUCCUGGUCAGCAGCUUGCUCUGUUUCAACUGCCUGAUGAGAAUGUGGUAUGUGUUCAGAAGUGUGGGUCAGACCAAGUGGUGAUGGUCAUCUUCUUGUUCUGUGUGAAUAUUGGAGAUCAAGGGAAAGUGAUGACUGUUUUUGUGAGACUGCAGGGUUUGAUGUAUUUCAAGGGAGUGAGAAGACCAGAGCUGCUGUUGCAGAAGCCCCCAAGGCCUCCGCCAACGCUGCUACCGCAGCCAACCCCCUGGUGCCCAGAGCCAAUGUUGAUACCUCCACCAGAGCACAGGAAGGGCCAGAGCGCGGGAGGAAACACUGCUACUGUCUCCCUCUUCUGGACACCAGAGCCACCUGCCGCCGCCGCCACGUGCAGAGCACAAGAGCCAAAGCCGCCAUCGCCCUUCUCAGCGAUUAAGGAGCCCCCGCCGGCAUCACCUAAUCGCUGGAGCCACGACACCACUGUCUUGGACUCCAGGAACAGGAGCCGCUGCCAGAGCACAGGAGCCACUGAUCUCUGGAGCCACGGCCGCCUCCGUGAGUUCAGAGUUGCGCAGGACAGGACCCAAGCCAAAAGGACGCUGCGCAAGGCUUGGCCAUGGCUCCCGCAGGUUAGGCGGCGGGAAGGACAGCCUCCGUCACUCCCACCGCGAGUUCACCUGCGCAUUCCUGGCUGCUCCCCCAGGGGCAGAAACCCAGCAGAAGAUGUGGAGCACCUUGAAGAAGAAGAAAGUGAUGCCUGAAGACCCUGAGAGACUUGCCUAAGUCAUAGAGCUGGAAUAUGGAAAGUUUCUCUCACUCCAGGGAUCACAGUGUACAAAAGAAAUUUGUAUACCUUAUGAAGUUUU